AUGGCCCGCAUCACCCGCUCUGCCGCCAAGGCCAGCCCUACCGUCGCCGCUCAAGUCGAAGCGAUCCACGCCAAGGCCCUGGACGAGCACAAAUCGUCGUCGCAGCGCAAGAAGGUCGAGCCCACCUCGGUCGACACGUGGCGCUCGGACAUGGGCAACGUGCUCGACGACGACGAAGUCAUGGCGAGCCUGAGCGACAUCGAGCGCGACGAGGUCGACACCCGUGCUCGCAAGACGGCGAGCUCCACGCCCAAGUCGACGCCGCGCAAGAAGGCGCCGAGCGCGCCCAAGAAGGUCGCACGUGCGCCCCGUCUCGCGCCCGUCCGCGACGCGCCCGGUGUCGAGGACAGCGCCGCCAUCGCCGAGCAGAAGGACGCCGUCGUCGCGCGUCUCGACCCCAAGCGCGCCGCCAAAGUCGCACGGGCCGUCGUCGUCGAGGUCGCCGAGGACGAGGACGUCGCCAUGGAGCUUCUGUGCGGCUUGAUGAGCAGUGCCAACAUCACGGCUGGCCGAUCCUACCUCGUCUACCGCUGCGCUGGCGACGACUCGGACGCCUCGGACGACGACCAGCACCCGAUCGGCGACAUCUCUGACGACGACCUGUAGCUGCACAAGCGCGCCCUCAUCUGUCUCGCCCUCGUCGAGACGAUCCCCCUCUCGAACCUCCUGCCCUCGAUGUAGCUGUGCCCAAGUCGUCCCUGUUGUACCACUUGCCAUUCCUGCAACGACCUAUAUGCU